UUGCCAGCACGGCAGUUACUUACAAUAGUGUUAGCUUGCUAGCUAUAUUGUUAAACAUGCCCUUGGCUAGCCAACUAAAGCACGCGAAACGAGUCACCUUUAUGGGUAGCUAGAUAAGUUAGACUAAGUUGUGCUAUUUUCCAACAAUAGCUUGCUGCUAAAAAUCCCAGUACGUUGUUAAGAAGCUGAAUUUGAGGACGUCCUCAAAGAGGGAGCGACGAGCCGCGGAACAAGAAGCCCAGCUUCUAUCUCAGCUGCGACACCCGAACAUUGUGACAUACAGAGAGUCAUGGGAGGGGGAGGACUGUCAGCUUUAUAUCGUGAUGGGCUUCUGCGAGGGUGGUGACCUCUACCACAGGCUACGGCAACAGAAGGGCGAGCUGCUCCACGAGAGACAGGUGGUGGAAUGGUUUGUCCAAAUCGCCAUGGCCUUACAGUAUUUACAUGAAAAACACAUUUUGCAUCGGGAUUUGAAAACUCAGAACAUCUUUCUGACCAAGACCAACAUAAUCAAGGUGGGAGAUCUCGGAAUCGCACGAGUACUGGAGAACCAAAACGACAUGGCCAGCACUCUGAUUGGGACUCCUUAUUACAUGAGCCCGGAGCUUUUCUCCAACAAACCGUACAACUACAAGUCAGAUGUGUGGGCCCUGGGGUGCUGUGUCUAUGAAAUGGCCACACUGAAGCAUGCCUUCAAUGCAAAGGACAUGAACUCCUUGGUGUAUCGUAUAGUUGGGGGAAAGCUGCCUGAGAUGCCCAGCAAGUACAACUCUCAGCUCGGGGAGCUCAUAAAGAGCAUGCUCAGUAAGAACCCAGAGGAACGUCCGGAUGUCAAGCAUAUCCUCCGGCAGCCCUACAUCAAACGGCAGAUCUCCAUCUUUCUGGAAGCCACAAAGGAGAAAACGGCCAAAUCGAAAAAGAAGGCUCCUUGUAGCAGGCCUGGGAGUGCGGCUGCCCGUGCGCCUUUGGUGAAUUCCAAACCCCAAUGCCCCCCUCAACCCCUCUUGGACCUAAAUAAAAGGGAGAAGAUGAAGGAAGAAAAUCAGAUGAAGCAACAUCUGCCCAGCAGCAGCAGCAGCAAAGCACUUGAACCCCCGACUUCCCCACAGCGUUUAACCCCAAAACUUCAGCCAAUGGACGAACUAAAUAGCCCAGGGGCAUCCUUACUGACCAUCAGCAAUGUCGAUAUCGAUAUCCCGCCCACGAAGGAGAGGAAACACAGUAAGUCGAAGCCACUGUUGUCACCCCAGCCGGGCCAGCGGACUAUCGAUAUUCUCACCAAGCAGACCGAGGAGAGGAGGGCCAAGAAAGCAGACCCCGCCCCUUCCGAGUUACAUCAGAGGAAGCCGGCAUCGGAUGUGGCCAACAGCGCGAGAGAGGAGACGAGACUACCCAACGUCCCAGCACGGGAGGACAAUCCGCCCCAGCCUGAGCUUACAUCAGUGAAUGAUGGGACUCUGGAGCCAACGGAAGGACAGAAUAAUCUUACAAACGUGGAGGACAGAGAUGACACCAUUAAACUGCUCCAGGAAGUGGGCGCCUGGCCACAAACCCCAGAGGUGAAGCAGAACUUGGACUCAACAGAAAAACUCCUUGAGCCUUUUGUUCCUGUUGUAAUGGAGCCUGAAAGCCAGGAUCCACUCCCCUCUUCUCCAGUGCAGAAUAACCCUCAGCUGCAGCCCUCCUCCUCUGCCUCUGAGCCCUCCCUGUCACGCCAGCGCAGGCAAAGAAACAAGGGGAAGGUGCAGGAGAACCACAGCAAUCAGGCCAGUUUUACAGAAGUCCCUCCCAGGCCUCUGCCAUCUCCUCCCUGCGACACGUCUAUGGUGAAUGUGAAAAAGAAGGGCCAGGGGGAACAAGCAUACAAGGCCCAGGUUACCACGUCAUCAUCUGCCCAUAUCAGCAGCUCUGGCUCUGGGGACAGUGCCAUUACAGCACCACAGAAACGUCCGCUGUCUGCUCGAGAGCGGAGGCGGCUGAAGCAGUCCCAGGAGGACUUCAGCUACCCAGUUCUUCCUGCAUUGAGGAGUCCAUCGUGUGACAUCACUGCAGAGAGGAGGGAGUCAGACUCCCAAACUGCAGCAGUCAGAUCCUCGCCGUCUGACGGUGCAAUCAAAACAACCUUGCAGCAAGGUGGUUCGUCCCGGCGACAGUCGGACGAGGACGACUGUGGCUCAUCCACCAGCUCCACUGACCGUUCAGAGGGGGACAGCAAAGAGGGGAAGAGCGAGUCCAACGAAAUGCAGGACCUGGUUCAGCUGAUGACGCAGACAUUACACAUGGAUGCCAGAGACGUGCUGGACGGUCCAGGAUCCGCAGCACCGCCGGAGUUCAGACUGAACAGGCGCUACAGGGACACCCUGGUCCUGCACGGCAAGGCCACAGAGCAGCAGGAGGGAUUCCGCUUCAAUGAAUUUCCCUCAGACUCUCCCUCUGGCCCUGCAAAGAUCAGAAGAGCGAUUGAAUAUUUACGCACUGACGUGGUGAAGGGACUGGGGGUCAAGCUUUUAGACAGAGUGCUGGAUAUCAUGGAAGAAGAUGAUGAGGAAGCACGAGAGGUGCGUCUUCGGGAGCAAAUGGGAGGGGACAAGUACAAGGCCUAUGCAGUGAUGGUGCGGCAGCUGAAAUUCUUCGAGGAUGUUGCCUUCGGGGACGUGAACAUCCAUUAAGCGCAUUCUGAUCUAUCGCAUUCACCAGGAUCGUGUCUUCCAGUACGCCGGAGUGAAUCCAGUAGGAAGAACCUCCUGUGUAAAACUAUGUAGAAAAAGCAAACGGUUUUGUAAAUACAGAAGCGGCAACAUUUAUACUUUGGCCCAUGUAUAUACGUUCUUGUAGAUGUUUUCAGUUGGAAGUGUGGCUAGAGAUAUUAUGGUAUUAUAUAGUUAAUAUGCAAGAGAGAAGCUGAAUGGGCUCUGCGCACCAGGCGCGACCACAGUGCUCACGUCAGCCAUUUUAGGCUCUGGUGUUAAAGAGCUGCGGUAGUUUCAGCGUCAGUGCCUUCCACAGCCACAUGCUCACUCCGUUGGUCGUCGCGUGACCAGGAGACGCUAGUUUUUACGGCUGCUUCCUUCACUCGCAGCCAGAAGAAACACUUCUCCUUGUGACAAGAGUAAAAAUGUCCCGGUAGCUUUGCACGGGUGCGGUUUAAUUUAUUUCCCCAAGGUAUUAUCAGCCUACUAUUAUAUUAUUUACCUCAGCAUUAGUCCCACGUGAAUUUGUUAGUCUGCAACUGUUUUGAAGUCAGUCUUUUGGGGCUUUUGUAUCGUUUAUGUCUGUGAACAUUUUGCCGAAUUUUACAAAGAAAUAGCCUUCAGAAUUGUGCAUAGAAAAAGGAGAAAUUGUACUUGGUCAAAAAUAUAUAUUUCUUUCAAACUAUGAAUUUUGUUCUAAGAUAUACAGUAUAUCAGAUGGAACGUUACAAAUGUUAGCAGCUGUAAGUGUUGACUGAUGUUCAUCACUGUUUACGUAACUGAGCAUUAACUUGCUUGAUAAAAUAUGCAAGUCUGUAAAUCAUGCAAGCGACUACAUCAGGCGAGUCAUUCAGUGGCAUGUGAUGGAAAGCACAUUUUGAAAUGUGGGUCACUUUGCCAUUUAGAUGAAAGAAGAUCCUGGAAUAUCCUUGUAAGUGUCUCAGAGUAGGAGUGCUGAUCUAGGAUUAGCUUGUCCAGGACCAUAUCCUUAGUCAUUCUUAACCUUAUCCAUUACGAGCUUAAAGGCAAAACUGAACCUGGAUCAGCACUCCAUGAGAUGCUUUAUGAAGAAAGGCCCUGGUAGGUUACUGAUUGUAGUGUCAGGUAAAAUGCUGUUACGAUGUCAAGAAAACAUUUAAAUUCAGUUUUCAGUUUGAGAAAGGGAAAUUAAAGUACUGAUCAGCACCCCAACUAUUUUGGACAACUUGCAAUUUUCUAAUACAUGUUAUAGCCAAUGUUCCAAUUCAUGUUAUAGCACAAAUUAAAUUGACUACUUUAGAAUACUUUAAAUGUGUAUACAUUGAUGAUUUUCCUUCCAUGUACAGAAUACUUUUUUGUAUAAACAUGAAGUAUGGAUAUA